GGAAAAAUGUUAGCUUCCAAAGUUAGCCUCAAAAAUUCUAAAGCUGUUACUUCUCCUUGUUCCAAUAUGAUGGCAAAAUUGAUGACUGAUAUCGUCAAAAAGACUGACAAGCUGUGAAAGAAGAAGUUUUGUAACGAAAAGCUCAGGAAAUAUUACCAUACUAAUGACUUUGUCUCGGUAAUCAAACCUGAUAUGUCCAUUAAGGCUUAUCUCCACAGAUUGGCGAUGUACUUGCAUAUUUCAGAGUCAUGAUUCAUCUUAGCUCUUGUGUAUAUUGACAGGUUGACAGAGAGGCACCCAAGAAUACUGGUAAACUCAUAUACAAUCCAUAGAAUCCUGUCGACCAGCAUUAUCCUUUCCAUGAAGUUCAAUGAAGACAUCUAUUUUCCGUACAAGUACAUUGCAUCUGUAUGUGGCGUCUCAGAAGAUGAAUUACUAGAGCUAGAGCUAUAUUUCCUGAAGCUGAUCAAUUUUGAGUGAUUCGUUGAUCCUAAAAUGUUUGAGAGUUAUUACUCCCAUUUGUCCAAAACUACUGGCAGAAGAGCAUUUCUGAACAAUUGUUCCUGUCUGGAACCGGCGCAUUCAAGCCCUAAAUUACUUCUGAAUAACUCUGGAUGCAAAGAAGGGAAGAUUCAAGAAGCACUAAGCCAAGUAUCUGCUUCCCAAAUUUUAAACUAUACAUUUACAGAGAAAACAUCUCAAAAUCAUGGCGUGAGAUUCUUUGAUGAACAGACCAGGGUUAAACUCGUUAAGCAAAACACUUUCACUUCUUCCUCCUACUCUGAUAAAAACAGCAAGCUUUGGAAGUAUAACAAGGAGAUGAAGAAGUGCCACAGUAAGAGUGGGGAGAGGGACAAAAAUGCCAAGUAUCCAAUUCCGGAUUCUCGAGCAACAACCCAACUUAGUACUUCUGCAGGUGGCAAAGUUGUCAGAAGACAUAAAAGGAGCAAGAAUGUUGCUCCUUCACAACAGAAAGUAAUGAUGAGUCACCAUGAUCCAGCAAAGGAGAUAUAAAAACUCAUUUGAAUCAUUCUUUCACUUCUUAUCAAACCUCCAGACAACUCGUUUAUACCGGUGAAUACCCAAACUGUAGAAAUCCUGUUGCUGGAGAAGGUAGGAGCCUUGGAUUGGAAUCUCACCAUGUUUAUUUCUAAUCCCGCUCCUCUGGCUGUGAUACAAAGUAUCUCAAGCCGACUGAACACUCAUUCCCUCAUAUCAAAGAUAAGAGUUUAACUUACAACCGCAGGAGGGGCUGAC